UAUUUAAAAGAAAGUGAAGUGGAAAGUAAUCAGUGCUUAGUGUUUAACAAAGCAAAUCACAAGUUUUUUUUGGAGAAUAUGACGCACAUACAAUGUGAAAGGUUAUUUCUUUAAUGGAAAAGUGUCACGAAGGGUUGAUAAAAGAGCUUAUGUUUGUAAUCUUUUCCUGUAAGCCCUUUUGUAAGCCUUGGUACUAUGCAAUUUUUGGAUACGCAUAGUAGACUUUUUUUUGAUACAAAACUACCUU